AUGGCGGAGAUGCUGCCAACUGCCGCUCUGCUGGUCCUGGCAGCGUCUGUAGUCGCCAGAGAUAACAGCACGUGUGACGGCCCCUGCGGGCUGCGGAACCGGGAAGGGACCAUGCGCGUCGUGGGCGGCCAGGCUGCCGUGCACGGGUCCUGGCCCUGGAUGGUCAGCCUGCAGGUCUUCAGCUACCACGACAGCCGGCGGUACCAUGCCUGCGGGGGCUCCUUGCUGAACGCCCAGUGGGUGCUCACCGCCGCCCACUGCUUCAGGCUCAAGAAGAAAGCCCAGGACUGGAGGCUGGUUUUCGGGGCGAGGGAAAUCGAGUACGGCAGCAACCAGCCGGUGAAGCCGCCCCUCCAGGAGAGGUUUGUUGAGAAAAUCGUCCUCCACGAGAGCUACUCGCCCGUCUUGGAGGCCAACGACAUCGCGCUCGUGAAGAUCACCCCUCCCGUCGUCUGCAGCUCCUUCAUCGGGCCCGGCUGCCUGCCCCAGUUCUCGGCAGGCCCGCCCCGCGUGUCCCAGUCCUGCUGGGUGACCGGCUGGGGGUUCCUGAGGGAGAACGCCCAAAAGAUGUCGCCCGUGCUGCAGGAGGCCCUUGUGAGUAUCCUCGACCUCGGCCUGUGCAACUCGACCCUGUGGUACCGAGGCCGCAUGCGCUCCACCAACGUGUGUGCAGGGCAGCCCGAGGGCUACGUGGACACCUGCCAGGGGGACAGUGGCGGGCCUCUCAUGUGCAGAAGAAGGGCAGAGGACCCCUACGUGAUCGCCGGAAUCACGAGCUGGGGGGUGGGCUGUGCCCGAGCGAAGCGCCCUGGGAUCUACACCAGCACCUGGCCCUACCUGAGCUGGAUCGCUUCCAAGAUCGGUUCCAAGGCCUUGGAGAGGCUUCAGCCGAGCACCCCUCCCCCUCCCAGCGCCGCCACAGGCCCCGGCUCAGCCUCCUCCUCCCCCCGCCCUUCUGCCCGCCCUCCUUGGUACUUCCAAUACCCUUCCCAACAGCCUCCCUUUCGACCAGCUGCAUCCCAACCCACACCCCGGCCCCCCCUGCAGGUCCCCUCCCUGCAGCCUCCUCCACGCCCACCCCCGCCACCCCCACCUCCCCCACCUCCCCCACCCCCGCCUCCCACCAAACCUUCCGAAGCCCCUUCUUUUGCCAAACGACUGCAGCAGCUCAUAGAGACCCUGAAGGGGAAGACCCUUUCCAGCGGGAGAAGCAGUGAUGACGCGGAGGUCGCAGGCUUCCCAGAGCUGGUCUCGCUGUCCACAGACCCAGGGAGCCUGUCACGCCUGAAAGGGAAAGAGAAAGAUGAAAUGAAUAAAUAA